GCCCCUUCUGCCUCCCCCCCGUCGGCGCGCAGUCCCGGGCGUUGGUUUUCGAGGAUGUCCAAGCCCAACUCCAACGUCACGGUGUGUGUGCGGUUCAGGCCGCUGAGCCACAAGGAGAGGAAGGGGAACGACGACAAGGUCUGCUUCAAGAAACUGGACUCGGAGUCCUUUGUUUUCAAGGAUGAGCGGGACGAAGAUGUCAUAUUCAGCUUUGACAAGGUGUUCUACGAUGACUCGGAACAGUCUGAUGUCUAUAAUUUCCUGGCAAUGCCCAUUGUUACAGAUGCUGUCAAUGGAAUAAAUGGCACCAUAAUUACUUAUGGACAGACUGGAGCUGGAAAAACUUAUAGCAUGGAGGGGCCAAGCAUCUUGCACUGCAAUGAGCUGAAAACUGGACUGGUUCAGCGAGUUGUAAAUGGUCUUUUUGAUUGUUUAAGAACAUCAGAAAACAUUACUACUUGGACUGUGAAGUUGUCAAUGGUGGAGAUAUAUUUGGAAAAAGUAAGGGACCUUCUUGACUUGUCCAAGGACAAUCUACAAAUCAAGGAGAGUAAAAGCCAAGGGAUUUUCAUUUCUGGAGCAACAGAGAUAUCUAUUAUGAAUGGUUCAGAUGCCUUGGAACGCCUUUCUGAAGGAAUUGCCAACAGAGCUGUCGGAGAAACACAAAUGAACCUGGCCAGCAGUAGAAGUCAUUGCCUGUACAUUUUCUCAGUGCAGCAUGGAUCCACUGCAGAUGAGAGGGUAAGGAUUGGGAAGAUUAUUCUAGUUGACUUAGCUGGUUCAGAGAAAGUUGAGAAAACUGGUGCUGAAGGGCGUGUUCUUGAUGAGGCUAAAAUGAUCAACAAAUCUCUUUCAGCUCUUGGAAAUGUUAUCAAUGCCCUAACUACUGCUAAACCAAAUCACGUGCCUUACCGUGACUCGAAGCUUACGCGCAUACUUCAAGAUUCACUGGGUGGCAGCUCAAGAGCUGCAUUGCUGUGCUGCUGUUCUCCCAGUUCGUCAAACUCACCAGAGAGUCUGUCUACCAUUCGCUUCGGAACCAGGACGAAGCUCAUAAAAACUCUACACAAACUGAUUCCCACCGAAGUGGAUAGCGAUAAGAAGCACACCCCGUAUUCUCGUGAUCAAGAUGAUCUGCCUGACGGAACCCUGAGCAAGGCUGGUAGCAGCCAAUCUGAGGCGUCCGAUCCCAGCCUUGAUUCUGGCGAUCAUGACGGUCUGCGUGAAAGGCUACUGAGCAAGCUAAGGUCGAGCCUCAAGGAGGAAGACGUUGACCUGCUGGAGGAGCUGUUUGUGCUGGAAGGGAUCAUCUUCGAUCCCGACACGGUGGCGCUGGACAUCGACUCGGCGUGCCACGACGCUGCGAGCCGGCAGAUCGUGUCGCUGGUGCAAGCAGUGGAGGAGCUCACAGAAACUGUGCAGGAGCUCACUGACGAGAACGAGACGCUGAGGCAUCAGCUCGAGGUCGCGCAGGAGAUCGCAGCCCGGGCUCAGUGCGCCGCGGCCGACCGGAGCGGUGGUGCGCUGUUCGGGUUUGUGCCGGCGGCUGUCCUCCGUCUCGUCGGGUUCAUGCCAGACUGAUGCCACGACGGCCACGGUCGCGUGCAUUCCGCGAACAUUCCUGCCAUCGAACAACUUAGCUAAUAGUGGAGUAGCAGCAUUUUGGCGCUUUAGUCACGAGUGCCUUUGAGGAUCCUGAGUAUUGAGGUUGAUUCGAUCUUGCCACUUCCGUCAAAAUUCGUAUGUUAGACAUCUGAAUGACAUUAUCGUCUUAGUUUGCUGGUCAAAGCAUGUGUUGACCACUCGGAUGCAUGCAGGAUUUGCUGAACCUUGGUCGAAGAGCAGCUAGUACCAAAGAUAAUGUUGCGCUUGGUAUAUACUAUGGUGGAUUAUGACGCAUUAAUUUUUCUUUAGUUAAA